AUGGCUAAAGCUAGAGAACACCAGGUUAAAGAAAAGAGGUCUGUCCCUGAGGAAAAUGAACUGUUUAGCGACAGCUCAUCGGACAAUGAGCUGGAGGGUUUCUCUGAUUCUGAAGAACAGAGGAAUAUUGAUUCAAACAGCGCUGAAAUUGAGAUAAAGAGCAAUGGUGGGGGACAUAUUUUAAAGAAACUUAAUCAAUCAAAACAAAAUAACAGCAAAAAAGCCAAGGCUGAAGAUAAGAAGAAUGCAGAGCUAUCCAGUAUAAUUUACAUUUCUAGGUUACCCAAAGGUUUCCACGAACGAGAACUAUCAAAAUACUUCUCCCAGUUUGGUGAUUUAAAACAGGUCCGUUUAGCCAGAAACAAAAAGACAGGUAACUCAAGGCAUUAUGGUUUCAUCGAAUUUGUCAAUAGAGAUGACGCUGUCGUAGCUCAAGAAACAAUGAACAACUACCUGCUUCUAGGCCAUUUACUGAAAGUAGUUAAUCUUCCAAAGGAUAAAAAGAUUGAAAAAUUAUUCAAGCAUAAGAAGAGAGUGUACAAGGAAAACCAAAUCAAGGACAUCAACAAUGUAAAGGAAAAGGCCAAAUCUAAGCACGAAAAAAGGCUAGAAAAAUUGCAAAAGGCUGGCAUUUCAUUCACAUGGUAA